AUGGAUCAACUCCAGGGAUAUGCAGUUGAGGUUGCAUCAUUGGGAUCAAAGGUGAGAGGAGAUGUCAGGAGAUGUUGCUGUGUAGUUUCUGGUGGUGUUUAUGAUAACUUGUUUUUCUUCCCAGCAAUUCAGUUGAUCAAGGAUAGGUAUCCUGGUGUUCAGAUUGAUAUAAUUACAUCAGCUAGGGGUAAACAGACUUAUGAAAUGAAUAAAAAUGUGAGGUGGGCAACUGUUUAUGAUCUUGAUGAUAACUUUCCUGAUCUUGAGUACACUGACAUGCUUGGACUUCUUAAGAAUAGAUAUUAUGACAUGGUACUGUCUACAAAACUAGCAGGAUUAGGGCAUGCAGCAUUUUUGUUCAUGACAACAGCCAGAGAUGGAGUUAGCUAUGUUUAUCCCAAUGUAAAUGCAGCAGGAGCUGGACUCCUUCUGUCUGAAACAUUUACACCAGACAGUAUGAACCUUUCAGAAGGAGGAUAUAACAUGUACCAUCAGAUGAUUGAAUGGUUAGGCCGGCCAGUUAAGGACAUGCCACAACAUCUAGCUUCCCCCUUAAAGGUUUCAAUUUCAAGGAAGCUGAAAGAAGCUGUGGAAGCUAAAUAUAAAGAUGCAGGAGCAGAAAAGGGAAAAUAUGUAGUUUUUUUGCAGCAAUUUUUACUAGCUCAGACAAUGUAA